CCAAAAUUCUGCGAGAGAGUUGAGGAGCGAAGAGAGAAAGAAAUGAGUUUCCGCAGCGCGUUUAAGGUAGCUCCGAUUCUGCUUCUUCUGCCGAUCGUUUUCACAUUCGUGAACGGCAAGAAGUCAGGCGAUGUGACUGAGCUACAGAUCGGGGUCAUGCAUAGGCCCAAAUCAUGUAAAUUUAGGGCUCAUAAAGAUGAUAGAAUCAAAGUGCACUAUCGGGGGAAACUCACUGAUGGAACUGUUUUCGAUUCAAGUUUCGAAAGGGGAGACCCAAUUGAGUUUGAGCUUGGCAUUGGUCAAGUAAUCAAAGGAUGGGACCAAGGAUUAUUAGGAAUGUGCGUCGGUGAGAAGCGGAAGUUGAAAAUACCUGCAAAGCUUGGUUAUGGCGAACAUGGUUCACCACCUAAAAUCCCAGGCGGAGCAACACUGAUAUUUGAAACAGAGCUUGUUGCAGUCAAUGGGAAGCCGUCAAACGGAGGAGAUGCGAAUACAAGCAAAGAUGAGCUAUAAUUAAAAAUGAU